ACCUCUAGAUAACGUAACUACAAAGAACAGACCUAAAAUGUUAUGCAUUUCUCAUUCGUAUUGUUGAUAUUUUAAAAACAUGGCAUCGUUCAAAAAGAUAAAUACUAAAGUAUAUACUAGAGCGGGGCCGGAAUUAACGGAGGAUAAUAUAUAUUGGAAGAAAUAUACACCACCAGUUUUAGUAAAAGAAUUUGGUCCGAUUGACUACAUCGACUUCUCACCAGUAGAACCGCAUUAUUUCACAGUUACUUGCUCUGUACGAGUACAAAUAUAUAAUCCUAUUACAAAGCUGGUCACGAAAACUUAUAGUAGAUUCAAAGAGGCUGCAUAUGGAGGCUGCUUUCGUAGAGAUGGCAAGCUGUUAUGUGCCGGUGGCGAGGAAGCAGUGGUCAGACUUUUUAACAUUGGUUCCAAUAGUAUGCUACGGGUUUUUUCUGGGCAUAAGGCUGCAGUGCAUAGAGCUUUUUUCACAGCUGAUGAUCAUCAUAUUGCUUCAUUUUCUGAUGAUAAAACUGUAGUAUUGUGGGACAUACCUAGUGAGAAACAACUGACAAGUUUCAAUGAACAUACUGAUUAUAUCAGAGCUGGUGCAGUGAGUCCCGUGUCCACUGAUGUAUUAUUAUCUGGUGGAUACGACAAGAUCAUACAUAUGUAUGAUGCCAGAACAAAAAAGAAGAUACUUAGUGUCAAUCAUGAUGCACCAGUAGAGAGUUUACUCUUCUUGCCUACUGGGGGAAUAUUCCUGUCUGCAGGUGGGACUGAUAUCAAAGUGUGGGACGCUCUCGCAGGAGGCAAAUUACUCGCAAAAAUCACUCAACAUCACAAAACAGUGACUUGCUUGAAAAUCGCCUCCAAUGGUCAUAGAAUAUUGUCUGGUUCGUUGGACAGACAUGUCAAAGUUUACGACACUGGGACAUACAAAACGCUUCAUACUUUAGACUAUCCCAAUGCAGUUCUCAGCAUAGGAAUUAGUGAAGGCGAUGAGACUGUCGUAGCCGGUAUGGUCGACGGUCUAAUCUCUGUCAAAAGACGCGAGGAAGACGCGAAAGACGUGGUAAAACCGAAACGUAAAGUUUCGUAUAGACACGCGGGUGAAAAUCUGCACGUGCGGAGCGUCGACGUAGUCAUGCAACAGGAAGUUAAAGAGAUAAUGAGCAAGCACGAUGCUUGUCUGCGAAAGUUUCAAUAUAGUAAAGCGCUCGACUGUGUCAUGAUGAAUUAUGUGGUCAACAAAACACCGCACGUCACUGUCGCUCUUACACAAGAACUUAUCAGACGAGAAGGUCUAAGGCGAGCUCUGGCCGGCAGGGACGGCAAGUCCCUGGUCAAUAUUGUUAAGUUCUUGAACAAAUAUAUCGGUAGUAUCCGUUUCGGAAGAGUAUUAUUGCAUGUAGCAAACGUUUUGUUAGAUGUGUAUGAAGAUCAUUUGGAUGAACUCUCGGAGGAAUCACGGAAAAUGUUCGCUAUACUAGCACAAAAGCUGCAGGAAGAGGAACAAUUAAUUAUAGCCUUGACGCAACUACAGGGUUCAAUGCAAAUGAUACUGUCCGGCGCUGAAACAGUUCCUUUACCUGCUAUAAAAGACAAUCAGAGUAUGGAGCCGUCAAACGCCGCUCAAACGGAACGCGAUCUCGUUUUGAGUAUAACAUAAAUUUAACGAACGCAAAACAUCAUCAAAUUGUAAUAUAAUGUUUUCUGUACAUAUCUUUGUGAUUUAGCAUUAAAUUUUUUGAAAUAAAUAAAAGUGA